GUCGUGAAAUGUCCUCUGAAGCAGUACUGCAUUAUAUCACUGCAGGAAGUGUUGAAUCUUUUACCGGAUGUUACAUCACCACAGUUUGUCGAAGCACACAAUGUACAAACAAAUGAUCAGCUGAUGUGUGUUUAUAUGGGAUCGUUGGUACGAACGGUUAUUGCCCUGCAUAAUCUCAUCGAUAAUAAACUUUCACUGCAAAAAAGUGAAAAGGAAAAGGAGAAAAGUGAGGGCAAAAAAGAGGAGAAAAAGGAGGAAAAAAGGGAAAGUAAAGAAACGAAAGAAAGCAAAGACGAUGGAGAAAGAAGUAAAGAGAAAAGCACGAAAAAAUGA